AUGAUAAUUAAACUUUUGAUACAGGCUCUAAGUAUUAGUUCAAAAUACCAACAGUCGUCUUUAUUUCUGCAAGCCAUAAAUGAAAUUAUGCCAGAAUCGAUUAACCAACGCUUAAGGUACUGCCUAAUGUCGGUGAUAUCAAGGCUAUUCAUAACCUUAUUCGAUUAUAGUACCAAGAUGUCUUUAUGGCAGGAUGGACUUAUCUCCAAUUGCAGAGCUUCGAUCCUAUCUGAAAGCUUUCAUUUAGUUCAAGCUAGCAAACUCUUCAAACUUGAAAAUCUCUGUUUAUGCUUCAAUUGUUUCCUCAACUUAACCAGAUCGGCUAAAAGUAAUGCUAUAGUAACGUUAAGCUUUUCCACAAGUGGAAUAUUCCCACUUGCUCUAAUUAUGCUCGGAUACAAAGGAUCUUCGAGUUUGGAAACCUUCUUUAAUUUAGACCCAGAACCCUUCAACAUGAUCUUGAUUCCUGCUUGUAAAGGUCAGUCGUGUGGCAAUUGA